AUGCUCACGAUGAUGCAGUCCAACCCCGCCCUCGUCCAGACGUCAGAUCGAGAACGAUACUCCAACGGCGACCUCUCGGCGCGGAUGGUUGGCCUCAAAGUCAAUGGAAAUUCUACAGAAUCGCCAUUCACCUUUAUACCGCCCGAUCCACGCGAGACGUACCGAGAGCUAUUGUGGGUGUGCCUGGACUGGGACCUGGAGGUGUUGAAGACGUUGCCGGAGGAUGAGGAUGUGUCGCUGGGGGUGUUGAGUGCGGAGCACGUCACUCUGCUAGGAGAUUGCGCGACGCGCUGGAGGAUACCUCCGAGCUUUAGGGCGUGGGUGUUUUUGGAGGCGAUAGUGGAUCGGUGUGAGCAGGGGCUGGUGCCUUCGGCGUGUGUCCAUGAGGCGACGGGAAUGGUGGCUAAGGUGUCGGAGGAGAUGCCGAUUGAUCAGUGGGCGAUAUCAGACCGAGACGGCCUGAUAGCGGCUUUCCUCAGACGAGAUAUCUGCCUCCUUACCGCUAUCGAGACCGCCCUGAUCCACGUCGAGACCGGCUACCUCUCCCCCGACUUCCAAGAAGCCGUGACCGACUACCUCGGCCUGGCCGAUUCGGACGUUGCGAAACACCCCUCACUCGACCGCGCUGCCAAAAGCAUCAUUGAGCGCGUGAGGAUACAGGCGUACAAGCUGUACAUCGGGGAAGCGAGUGAGCGGUAUGAGCACGAGGGAGGCAAGACGCGGGCGUUCGCUAUGGCCAUGGGGGAGUGGAUUGAGAAGGGGGCAAAGAAGCUCAUGAAGAAGUUCAAGGAGCCUCUGGCUGAGAACGUUGAUAUCGUCUCGCUGGUCCUGGUGCAGCAGCUCACGCUGUGGUUUCGGGAUCUCGAGGAUACGAUGCGGGCGCCACCGCCAGAAGGGGUGGAGUAUAGCAUGGAGGAGGCGUUUGUGCUGUACAGAUUGGCGGGGAAGCUGGUGGAUAUGGGCAAUGCCUUUUCAAACGAUCCGCUCAACUUCAGCGUGGCACCAAUGUUUGAGAGUACGGUCGGGAUGUGGCUGAACGAGACGGCGCUCAAGACUAGGCAAUGGGCAGAUUCGGCAUUGGCUAUUGACACCUUCGAGCCCAUCAAAGAGAAUGGCCCGUCAUCCUCCGUCACCGAUCUGUUCGACUCUUUCCGCUCCGCCAGCGACUUCCUGAUGGACUUGGCUUGGCCAGACGAGCAUCAGCUCGCCAACUUUGCCACCCGCUUAGCAAAGAUCUUCAGCAUCUCCAUUAACGACUACUGCCAGAAGAUUGAGCAGCUCUUCGCGGCGGACAUGAGACAGAACGAUGUCCAGCAGCCUGCCCAGGCGGAGGCGAAGCAAAGAGCGUGGAUCGAAAAGGCCAAAUCGACCAUUGCCAGUCUGCAAGGCGAGCGGAAAAUCACCGCCUUUUUCAACUUCACCCCAGCAUCCUGCGUCAAGCUCAACAACAUCGAGGCUGCCCGGCAACAACUCGACAAGCUCUACCAGGACAUGCGGGUCGACGAUCUUGCGGCGUACGAAACGGAGACGACUCCGCGCCUCGAGUCCUCUGCCGACGGCGUCAACUUCCUCUUCAGCGUCAAGGUCGUUCUUGCGGAGGGCCUCGCUGUGGACGGGUCCACCAAGCUCCCGGACUCCUUUGUCAUCCUUUCCGACGAGCACGGGAACCGCUACGCCAAAACUCGGACCAUCUACGACGACGCAGAUCCGCGCUGGGACGAGACGUUCGAUAUCCCCGUCAAGGGCAGCGCGUGGUUCAUGGCUACUCUCCGCCACCGGAAUUUGACGGGCAAGCAUGAUCUGCUCGGUCGAUCAUACCUCCGCCUUGACCCAAGCCAGCAUGUUGACCUCAUCUCGAGGGAAGUGCUGUUGCCGCUGGACACGAGGGGGCACUUGUUGUUGCGGAUCAGUAUGGAGGGGGAGAGGGACGAUAUCCAGUUCCAUUUCGGUCGUGCCUUCAGGUGGCUGAAGCGGACCGAGUCAGACAUGGUGCGGAUAUUUGUCGACAAGAUGACUCCUGUUCUGCGACACACUCUGUCUAGAGCAUCCAUCAAGUCCGUCCUGAAACCUCCCGGCGCGACCAACCCUCUCGACUAUAAUCAAGCCCUCGACAAGAUCUCGGCGGCGUACCGGUCCGCCAUGGGCGCCAACGACUACUCUAUCCCCCUUCCCUCCUCCGAGAAGCCUAUCCGCAAACCACCUUCUGACGCCGAGAUCGAAACGGCCAUUCACCCCCUCUUUGACUAUCUUGACGCCAACAACCAUACCCUCGCAUCGACGCUCUCGGCGGACGCGAUGCAGAGCGUGAUGGCCAAGCUGUGGAAGCAGAUCUUGAUGACCAUCGAGGCGCUCAUCGUGCCUCCACUGAGCGACAAGCCGAGUCACUUGCGCGCUCUGGGCGAUGGGGAGCUGGAUAUUGCGCUCAAGUGGUUGAAGUUCUUGAGAGACUUCUUUUAUGCGGGAGGGGCGGAAGGCGGGGUACCGCUCGCGACGCUACAGACGACCAAGUAUAAUGAGAUUAUGAGUUUGAGGAUCUAUUACGACUGGGCGACGGACGAUCUUAUGGAGGAAUGUAUCAAGGGGUUCCAAUCUACGCUCAAGCACCGUGCGACCCGGCCUAGCAAGAGCUUGCUAUCUCAGCGGAAUCUGGGGACUAUCAAGGCGAGAAAGUCGGCCAAGAAGGCGAUGAAUCAGGGAGGGAACAACACCGAGAUGAUCAUGCGGAUCUUGCGAAUGAGAGCUGGGACGCAAGAGUUCCUCGCGCAGCAGAUCCAGAUCAUGAGCGUGGUCAAGAUGGAGAAUCCCAAGAAGACAAGGGGCUUGACGAGUCGCUUCACAAGGUAG